UUCUCCUCAUUGGCAUUCAAAAUACCCCUGGACGGAAGAUCCAGCUUCCCUUCCCAAUAAUAGGAGUGGAGUUGAGGCAACAUUUCUGAGGACAGAAAAGCAGCUGAUGCGGGAGCCAGAGUGGCAAAUUGCUUAUGCAGCUCAAGUCCAUGAAAUGGUGGAGCGAGGAGCAGCGAUCAAGUUAACUGAGGAUAUGAUCAAAAGCUGGAAUGGACCAGUGUGGUAUGUGAGCCACUUAAUUGCACCAAAUCCUCACUCAGUUACUACUCCAGUGCGCCUGGUAUGGAACAGCAGUCAGAAAUUUAAGGGAGUGAGUAUGAAUGAUCUUCUUCUGAAGGGUCCAGAUGUUCUUAAUCCAAUCAGAGCUGUUCUUCUAAGGUUUAGAAGAGGAGUUUAUGCUGUGCUUGGAGAUAUCAGGAAAAUGUACAAUUCUGUAUGGUUGGAGGAGAGAGAAUUGCAACUACAUCGGUUCCUGUGGAGAGAUGAUCAGAGUGAAGAAAUAGGAGAAUAUGCUAUCACUAGAGUUAACAUUGGUGAUCGACCAGCAGGGUGCAUUGCACAGCUAGCCAUGCGAGAAACUGCAAAAUUGACAAAAUUCUCUCAUCUACAUGAAGCACGCAAAGUUAUCGAAGCAGAUAGUUAUGUAGAUGAUAUUUUAACGUCCCACAAUGAUCUGGAAGAACUGGAUAAAAUAAUUGAAGGUGUUGAGGACAUCCUAAGAGCUGGAGGGUUUUUCUUGAAGCACUGGGUCCGGUCAGAACAAAGUUGGAACCCUGCUGAUGGUGAGAUAAAGUCGGCAGCAGAAGACCGAAUUCUGAAACUACCAAACCAACUGAGGGACAAGGAUAACAAGGCCCUAGGACUUGGGUAUCUAGCAGAGGAAGAUAAACUUUACAUCAUGACCUCAAUUAAUUUUUCCAAGCGGAAAAAGAAAAUGAGAGUAGGACAAAACCUCCUUAAAGAGGAGAUUAGGGCCAAGACUCCUAAUCCUUUGACUAGAAGAGAACUAUUGAGUCAGGUGGCGGGGCUGUAUGAUCCGAUUGGCUUGGUCACACCUGUUAAGCAAAAAGGGGCUAUCCUUGUGCGAAAGGCAUUUCAGGAAGUAGGAUGUGGAAGCCUGACCAAAGAUACAUGGGAUAAACCACUGUCAGAAAGUCUCAGAGAAGAAGCCAUUAAAUUGUUUGAAGAGUAUGUUCAGCUUGGCAAGAUAAAGUUCCUCAGAGGUUUAACACCUGCAGGCUGGAAAGGAAAACCACUGGCAAUAACAUUCUCUGAUGGAAGUGAUAAGACCUAUGGAGCUGUAACAUAUUUCAGGUGGGAAACAGACCAAGGCACUGAGGUGAGGCUAGUCGAAUCCAAGGCUAAAUUGACUCCUUUGGAUCAAAAGGGAGAAGCAGUUAAGGCUGAAAUGUGUGGUGCAGUUUAUGCAGCUAGACUUAGAAAAUAUAUUGAGAAGCAUUGCCAAGUGGAGAUUGACCAAUGGUUCCAUCUGGUGGACAGCCAAACAGUGUUGGGAGCUAUUCAGCGGGUUAGCUAUGGCUACCAGUCCUUCUUUGCAAAUAGAAUUGGAGAGAUCCAGAGAACUACGCCUGUUAAAGACUGGUGGUGGAUCCCAGGUGACUUAAACAUUGCAGACAUUAUCACAAGGGGAUGCAGUCCAAAAGACCUCAAAGAAGAUUCUGCAUGGCAGAGAGGGCCAGUGUUCCUGAGAUGGCCAGUGGAAAAAUGGCCAAUGAAGUCAGCUGCUGAGGUUGCAAUUGCAGCAAGAGAGAGUAUUAACAAACUUCAGAGGAAAGCAUUUUCUUUAGUUCUUACCAGGAGCCUGGCCAAGGAAAAAGAGGGUGCAGUUUCCUUGAAGGAAUGUAAAGUAAUCGAUCAUAUGGAUGGAGGAAAAGCUGAAUCAUGGCAUUCCACUGUAGACUCCGGUACCUCUGCUAAGGGAAAGAAAAGGCAGAAAGAUGUUUCAUCAGGAGGGCUGUUUGAUGGUUUGGUAACAAGUAAGUUAAUCCAUGUGGAAAAAUUCAGCAGAUUGUCCAGAUUGGUAAGAGUUACUGCUUGGGUGCGUAGAGCGGUCAAGAAGUGGUUGGAAAUGAAAAGUAAGACCAUGAGUUCCUCAAAGUGGGAGGCAAAGUCUCUGGAAGAAGGGCUUAAAGAAGCUGUCUUGACAGGACAUGAACAGGAAAAUGCUUAUGCAGACCUCUUUCUAGCUGCCCAGGAGAAUGUGAUCUUUCCUAAUACUACCCUCAGCAGGUUGGCAGUGUACAAAGAUGGAAACUCUGGACUGUUAGUUUGUGGAGGAAGAAUUCAGAUCUUCAAUGAGGAUAAAACUGCAGUCCCAAUCUUACCAUAUAAUGCAUAUGUGUCUAAGCUUCUGGCUCAGGAAGCUCAUCAAGUAAACCAUGAAGGAGUGGCUGGAACUUUGUUGAGGAUGAGAAGAAAAGCUUGGGUGGUAAAAGGCCGCAGAUUGGCUAAGAAAUCUGUCGACUGCUGUGUGACCUGCAGAAAGGCAAGGGCAAAGCAAUGCCAACAGAUUAUGGGAGACCUUCCAUCAGAGCGGUUUGAACCGGCUGCACCUUUUGAGUUUACAACUCUGGAUUUGUUUGGGCCUUAUGUAGUAAAAGAUGAGGUAAAGAAGAGGACGGGACUGAAAGUUUGGGGAAUUGUCUUCUGUUGUAUGGCAUCAAGAGCUAUCCAUACUGAUCUUGUUAGUAAUCAAUCAACAGAAGGAUUUAUGCUGGCAUACCAAAGAUUUACAGCUUUAAGGGGACAUCCAAGGAAAUUGUGGUCAGACUCUGGGUCAAAUUUUAUUGGGGCCAAGUCUGUUCUUGAAGAUCUUCACAGGUUCCUAGAACGACAAGACAAGGUAAAGUUAGAAAUUGAAGCAGCCAAGUAUAGCACAGAGUGGUCUUGGAAAAUUCAUCCUGCAGAUUCCCCUCACAGAAAUGGAGCAGCAGAAGCAGCUGUCCGUCUGGUUAAGCGAGCCCUCCAGAAUCUGGGGUGUAAUGGAGUUAUGACAUGGGGGGAAUUUCAAACCUUUCUUUACACUGCAGCUAAUUUGGUCAAUGAAAGACCAAUUGAUGCAAGGACACAAAGUCGAGAAGACUGCGUGGAAUACGUAAGUCCAAACUCUCUUCUUCUGGGACGUACUGGGAAAAGAGGAGAUCAAGGAAGUUUUGAGUUUGAAGGUUAUCCAUACAAAAGACUAAGAGUUAUCCAGGAAAAUGUCAACAAGUUCUGGAGAAGAUGGUGUCAGUUAGCAGGGCCUAACCUAUUUGUAAGAAACAAGUGGCAUACUAAGGAGCGAAAUGUUGCUGUGGGAGAUGUGGUAUGGCUGGCUGACCAGAAUGCUUUAAGAGGCCAGUACAAGUUGGCCAGAGUCAUCUGUGUAAAUGUAGACAAGAAAGGAAUAGUAAGGGAUGUCAUGGUGAGAGCAUUUCCCAGCUACCCAGUAUCAAUUGUUAAACCAAGUCGAGCAGAAACGACUAAGGAUGUCAAACUGGUGAAGAAACUUUGUAACAAGAUCCCAGCUACAAUUCUGCACCGAGAUGUUAGACGCUUGGUGGUUUUGAUUCCUGUUGAAGAACAAAGAGAUUCAAGUCCUGCCAAAAUGGGUGUUUGACCUCCUUGGGUCAUCUGACCAGUAGGUCAAGUGGGAGGUGUUAAGUUAAUUUAGGAAUUGAGUGCGAUGUAUUCCUCAUUAAGUAAGGAAGAGUCCAUCUGAUUAAAUUAACCUUGAUUAAAAGCAGUAGAUCUAUUGGUUGUGAACCCGCAGUAUAACCUGGAGGAGUUCCGGAAGCUGAUUGGCUAUCAAAACUUCACAUGUUAAAUAGAACCAGGUGUGCUUUGGUGAUUAGUAGUGAGCAGAGGGAUCUCUGUAGGCAAGGUUAAUGUGCUUCUCCUACCCAAGUUGGUGGUGCUACUGAUACUGGAGAAAGAUUGCUAAAGCAUGUUUGGAGUAAACCAAAUGCUGAGACGGCGGUGAAAAGCCACAAUGUGUUCAUCAACUUUAUAGAAGCUACUGGUUAUUAAGCUAAGCAUCUGAGCUAAGCAUUUGAAUUGAACUCUGAAAAUAAGCAGAAGAAGACCAAGUUGCUGUUGAAAGAUUUUAAUAAAGUGCUUCAAUGAAGAAUCCGAAUCCGAUGUUUUGAGUUAUUCCAUGCAUCCUAUGAAGUUGACUGGAGCCUUGUUCAAGUUGGGGCAGACAUUGAGGCUGAGAAUCUCUAGAUAACUUG